GUUUGAAAACAAGUUGACAUAACUUCACAUGUUGUAAAUGCAAUUAAUAAGAGAGCGAUACAAUUGUAUCAGAGCCAACCACAACCUCGAUUCAACCGUAGAAGCUAAAAGGAAUGAUCAUCUUCAGAAAACCUCGCUUUAAUUCAAGCAAUUAUAAAAAAUGGAAUACGAUCACACAUCGGAUUUACUUGAAGAUUUUUUAAAUUUAUUUGAAAAUUCCGAAGAUUAUAAUGUGAAAAUUGAAGUUGGCAGAACACCAAAUGUUAGAGAAUUUGAAGCACAUUCUAUCAUCUUAUCCGCUAGGUCAAAUUAUUUUCAAAAAGCAUUUUUAAAUUAUUGGGCAAAUAGCGAAGAAAAACCUAUUAUUUUCAAACAACCUAAUAUAUCACCUUCGAUAUUUGAAAUUCUUUUAAAAUAUAUCUAUACGGGAUUAAUUUCUUUUGAUAAUAAAGUUAAUAAACUUAACCUUGUGGAUGUUAUUAUCGCAGCAGAUGAACUUGAAUUACGUGACAUUGUUCAACAACUCGAAAAACAAUUACUUCAAAAUGAAUCUGAUUGGCAAUUUCCGAAAGAUUUUAUUAAAAUUCAUCAACAGAAACAAUUUCCUAAAUUAUAUAAUUUUGCAUUAGGAUUCAUUUGUAGAAAUCCUAAAAUUAUUUUUGAAUCAGAAGAUUUCUUAAGAAUGGAUGAAACUAUACUUAUUCAACUUCUAAAAUGCGAUUACCUUGAAUUAAAAGAAAUUGAAAUAUGGAAAUAUGUAAUUAAUUGGGGAAUCAAAAAUACCGAUUCUAUUUUAGAUGACGAUUUAACUAAAUGGGCGCCAAUGAAAUUUAUGGAUUUAGAAAAAACUCUUCAUAAUUGUCUUCCUCAUGUUCGUUUCUUUCAAAUGUCCUCUAACGAUUACAAAAAAGUUAGAACUGAUUUUAAGAAUAUUCUUCCACAAGGACUCGAUGAUGAAAUUAUUCUAUAUUUCUUAAAUCUUAACCCUCCUAACCCUCCUAACCCUCCUAAUCCUGAACCUUCAAAUAAUGUUUUGCCAUUAAGAAUAUUAGCGUAUCCUUUGGAAUCUAAGAUUAUAAAUGCUAAAGAUGCUGCUUUUAUAGCAAGUUGGAUUGAUAAGAAGCAAGGAGAACCAUAUCAUUUUAACGAUUUACCUUAUGAAUUUAAGCUUAUUUAUCGUGCUAGCCGUGCUAGUCGGGAAGGAUCUGAUGUUAAAAACUUUCAUGAUUGUUGUGAUAAUAAGGGACCAACUGUUGUCAUCAUUAAGGUUCAAGAUACGAAUGAAAUAAUUGGCGGUUAUAAUCAAUUGGAUUGGCGUAGUGCUAAAUAUAAUCAUGACUUUUAUAAUGAAUAUGAAUGUAAAACAUCAAAUAGUUUUAUAUUUUCACUAACAAAUCGAGCGAUUCCUACAUUAAGUCGAGUCUCUUCAAUCAUCUGGUGUAAAAAUAAAGGACCAUGCUUUGGAUUACGAGAUUUGUGGAUCCAGAAUGAUUCUCCACUUAAUAAUAUUGUUGGUAAAAGUAAACGACGUUCUUACGAGAAGAAAAUUAUUAAUAGAGAAAAUUUUAAAAUAGAAGAAUAUGAAGUAUUUCAAAUUAUUGAUAGUAGAAGUGAGUCAAAAUCAUACUUUCAUCUUAAGUUGAUUUUAUUUUGGUUAAUUUUUCGAAUUAUAUUUUUAUCUGUUAAAUCUAGCAGUUCAUAAACUACCGUUAUUACACAGUCAAACUCCGAUAUAAUUAUAUGGUUUGGGACCCAUAUGAAAAUCAUUGGAAAAUAUCGGUAUAUGUUCUCUCAUAAUAGUGGGAAAUAUCGUUAUUAUUAUAUAUCAGGUCUGACUAUAUAGAAUUGGGAAAAACUAGGUGCAGCCUACCUUACUGCAGUAAAUGCGCGAUAUGACAUAAAUUGCAUUGUUUAAACGGGUUUAAAAUCAAGUUUAGUUUUUAAAUUAUUAUAUUGUAUACAAAUUAUAAAUUAUAUAUAUAUAUAUAAAUAUUUG